UGUUGUUGAAUGUUCAGUAAAUGCGAGCGAAGUUGCAGAAGGCUUGGGGUGUUUUAUAGCCACUCGCUUUCGCACAUGAAAUGCCAGCGAUCAUCACUGGUCCAAUUUAAUUCCGUUGUUGGAGCUUGUCGCUAACCAUGGCUCGCUUUACAGAUUUUAAUAUUAGGAGAGACUCGAACAUUUUUCGCGAGAAGGAUAGGGAAUCGUACAAUGGUUAUAUUUCAUCGACCGUUUCUUCUCUUGACAAACCUCCGAAUAUUAUAUGUUGGAGUUUCUUUAACGGAAAGAUCAAAUUUGGUCCUGUGGAGGCUGGCUUUGUUUUCAUCAUUUUAUGCGUCGCUUGGCUGAUAUUUGCUUCAAUCCCGCAAGCUUGGAUGUUAGCCGUGUGUGGGUUACUACAAAACUUGAUGGUUGUAUUUUUGCCACUCGCCUGCUUAGUGUGUGUAUUUUACUGGGCAGAACUCCUCGUGCAAAAAUACUGCAAAACUCGUGUAUCAUUAGCAGUAUUCCCUAUUUGUGCAAUUGGGGAAUUUAGUACACAUAUUCUCUUCGAUGGAGCGUUAUUUGACGGGUCAGACUUUGUGAGGAACAGCUUUCUAUUUACACUCAUUCUAGCCGGGCUCGUAUCGGCGACUUUUCAUAGACUCAAUCUUAUUCCCUCGUCUAUAAUUUUACUGCUUUUAACAGUUGCACGGAUGUGCUGUUGGAUUACAUCAUAUGAGUUGCAAUCCUGGUUUGGGCCAGUUCUAGCUUACUUCGCUGCAUUCUCAGGGUUGAUUUUAUCAAGAAAUGUGCAAAACUUAUUCACAUCCCCGCCAGCCGAGGUAGAAACGAAAGUUCCUAUAAUUCGACGCGCGCGCCGUUCUAGUAGUGUUUCAUCUAACAGUAGCCUUAGCAGUAGAAGAAGAACCUCUCUUCCAGCUUUAGGGCUCCAAAACAAGGGUCUAGUGGACUACACCACAUUAGGGGAGGCCCAUGGGAUGAUCUCAGAUCUACUGGCGGACUCCAACCUUCCCACGAAUGUCGCCAGUACACUGAAGCUCAUAAGCACCAUGAUAGCCCCGCCCACUGCAUUCCACGCUGGGGCCGGCCCAUUGAUGAACCGCAUGACCCCCCUGGUGGAGAGGUUCCGCCAUGAGUCAAUGGAAGAUAAAGAUAAAGUGAAGGAUCAGCCAGAUCUUAAAGACGACAUGACGCUUCCUAUGGUUGGGCGUCUUCGUCGCUCGCUCGGGGCGUCCGGUCGCCGGAUGUCGAGUACCUAUACCACCACCACCUCCGCUACAGGGAUGCCAACCGUGGACCCCGAUCUUAUGCUCCAGUCCGCCACAGACAUGUUGCCUGGCAACAACCCGCGGCUCAGUCUCACCUCCGAGACUACCCUGCAGAAUACUCGGGUACCGGAAAACUAUCCCAAACACAAAAUCUUCAGUAGUUUAGCGUCCCAGGGACGAACGAACCCUCCGGGGUCACCGAGCUUCGGCCGGAAAUCACCCGACCGGUCUCCGCCCUCGCCGAGUUUAUUACGGAGGGGGUCCGACCGUGUUAGUUUGCUGUCGCAUAGGCUUAGUAAAGAGGACAUUAAAGAAGGUAUUUCGGAGGUUUCAAAUGAAGCAAAGUCGGAGGGUGAAAGCAAGAAGGAGCUCUGUGCGGACGACAAGUGCAUUUGCUUGUGUCACGGUAAGAAAUCGGCGAAGAUGUCCGUGGCACCGGAGGAAUUCGAGUUGCCUCGAUCCGAGGAGCUUACGCGGUUGAUGGACAAAGUUACAGAUUGGAAUUUCCCGAUAUUCGACGCAUGCGAACACGGCAAUAUCCUAGUACAGGUGUCAUACCGCAUUUUUCAAAAUGCUGGGUUCUUUGAAAUAUUCAAGAUCCCAGAGAGGAAGUUCCUGAAUUACUUCUUCGCCUUGGAGAGCGGCUACCACAGCAUACCAUAUCAUAACAGCAUUCACGCGUCGGAUGUGCUUCAGGGUGUCUACUUCCUAACGACCGCAAAGAUCCCUGGGUUUUGCCCGCCAGGGACACCCCAGAAGCUUGGGGACAACGAGAGCGAUUCUGACUCAGACAGUGGCAUCACUUCCGGUGUCUUGGGAGAGGGGGAGGAGGACAAAAAGGAUGAUGAUGGGGGAGGGGACUAUGGGGCGUUGGUUGACGUUAUCCCGUUGUUGGAGUUACUCUCGUUGUAUACAGCGGCAGCGAUGCAUGAUUAUGAUCAUCCUGGAAGGACCAACGCCUUUCUGGUUGCCACCUUAUCACAUCAGGCCCUCUUGUAUAACGACCGGUCUGUGCUUGAGAAUCACCAUGCUGCUGCAGCUUUCACUCUGCUUAUGUCGGAUCCCAAGUAUAACUUCCUGUGCGAGUUGAGCCCGGCGGAGUUCAAGCGCUUCCGGUUCCUUGCGAUCGAGGCCAUCCUUGCCACUGAUCUCAAGAGACAUUUUGAUAUACUGUCCGACUUCAACGCCAAGACGGCUGAGGGCGGAGUUAACUGGGACAGUGAAGCCGAUCGUUUGUUGACGCUGCAGUUCUGUAUCAAGAUGUCGGACAUAUCUGGGCCUUCAAAACGGCGAGACAUUCACACGCUGUGGACGGAAAGAAUCGUCGAAGAGUUCUACGAACAGGGUGAUGACGAAAGAGCACGUGGUAUGGCCGUAUCUCCAUAUAUGGAUCGACAGCAGCCGCACGUCGCCCAAUUACAGGACUCGUUCAUCAACCACCUGGUUGCCCCGCUCUACAAUUCGUACGCGAAUGCCGGGCUUAUACCAGGAACCUGGGUCGAGAUGGAAGAGAGCUGCCCGGAAACGGAUAGCGACUCUAACGACACCGAUGAAGAUCCAUCUAGCGCCAGCAACGACGAGAAGGCGAAAAAGAAAAAGCCGCGCCGACCGAAGCGACGUAAGAUCGUAAGCGAGUUAACCCAGAACAUCCAGAAAAAUUACAAGAUGUGGCGGCAGAGGGCGAAGGAGAUGGAGCGAGAGCAAGCGAAAAGCGCACACGAAGGAGAAUCGAACCCUGAUGACAUAGACGAAGAGCCGGACGAUGAACCGACCACCAUCGUCAUCACAGACACGCCCAUCAGGGAGGACACCAUAGAGGAGGAGGAGAACGGCUCAGAGUGUAGCAGCACCACGGCGUAACUGUAAAAAGGUCGGGAUUACAAGUAGGGGAGUAUCUAGACUUUUCCUGGAAUAACAGGUAGCAGGCCAGGCAAGUAUGGGUAAAUUUAGGAAUUUCUUGGGAAUCUAGAAAUUUCUUGGAAAUUUCUAGGAAAUUACAUAGGGUUACAGGUAGUAACUCUACUCCUGGGAAGAAGCUCUACGUGAAUGGUUCGAUAUUUCAGGAAAAUUUUACAGAACAAAUUACCAGAAAGCUUGAACUUCCCAGAAAUCUGAACUCCAGAAAAUAGAACACGGAAACAUAUAUAUUCCAGGAAAUAGCUCAGGCAGCAAGAAAAUUUCAAGGAACUCUGGCAGGAGAAAAAUAAACCAGAAAUGCUGGUUGCGAUUACUAUAUUAUUCCAAAAAAUAGGAUGUUUUAAGGUAAUUGCGUCACGUGUAGAUAAUUGUAUAGAUACAGUUAUAUAAUUCGGGGUAGUUCUAAAAAAAUUAGGAUAAUAGGAGAGCAGGGCCUGUGAUGCUGUCAAAGGUAAACAGAAAGCAGGUAAUAUCUGCUUGAAUGAGUUAUACUUAGACAAGCAGGCGUUUUUUAAGAAGCGCUCGUCAGACAGUCUUUGUUGUUUUUAUGGAGCAUCUGAAGGUACAUUAUACGUGAAAUUUCAAAAAUCCAACUGAAAACAAAGUUUUUUAUUCAUUUACCAUAUUCGAUCAAUAAUUCUCGCAUCAGCUUCCCCAAGUUAGCCGAUGGAAAUGGAUGCUUUCUCACACUUGGUAGGAUUAACGAAUGGCGGGUGACAGAAACUCUAUAAGCGGUUAUAUAUUUAAUGUAGACAUCAUAGCAAAUUAAGAACUUUUAUUAUAUAUUAAUAUUACAAAUAGAUAAAUCUCUUGUUUUUAAGGGCUUUUAUUGACAUGGUAUCGAUUUUCUAUAUCGGUCAAUGUAGCAAUCAUCAUUUUUUACACAAAUUAACCAAAGCUCCCAUGGUACCCUUCAUGACUACGCUUUGAGCGAGUUGCUAUGUGUGCCCGAGAAAGCGACGUUGUAAAAAAAGCAAAGUAUAUGUAAUAUAUAUAUAUCUAUAUAACUAUGUAAUAUAAUACAGAGGUAUAGCAACAAAUAUGUAGAUAGUAUGUAUAGUAGCUGUAGAAACUUCUGCUUUAUCAGCAAAUAGAGAAGUUUGUAAAAUAUUAGUAGAGCUACACACGAUACUAGCAACAACCUCUUUUCUAGCUAGACACGAUAUUGAGAAGUUUGCUUUGGACGAAGUUACCGAACUAUCUCACGUUCGUUUUACCCAGCGCGGAAGUUUUAUCACUUUUUUGAUAGAACUCCCCUUUAACUGCUCAGCGCUUGCUACGCCGGUUAUAUAAAAUCAAUUGGGACAACUGCUAACUUUAAAAGCAUGUGAACAAGUAGAGUCGCUUUUAUGCUGGUGUCGUGACGAUAACGUGACCAACUAGUAACGCCCCUGAUACCGGGUCGUUACGAUAGCUUAUUGACCAUGUCAGGGGCGGAUCUAGGAGCUCUAAAAAGGGGGGCCGUAGCAAGGGUUUCAAGACGUGAUUAUACCGUGAGCGUGACGUGAUUAUAUCGUCUUUUAACCUGCGGUCGGAUCGUAUCCAGCUGCUGAUUUUGCUUUGUAUACAUGCCUGUACGAGUAAAAUGAUUUAUCUCUGUCUGAACGUGGAGAGGAAGGAAAUUGGGAAUUGAUGGUUCUAAAUCGUCCCAAAAUAUCUAGUGUAGCUAAAAGGACUUGCCGAUACUACCCUCGAUGCAUUGCUUUUGCGGCCAUCCUUCUAUUCAAUAGCCUGCUAGCCGGCUCUCCGGAGGGCCGGCUAGGAGGCUAUCUGUUACACAAAAGAAUAGUUUUUUUUUUUCAAAGUUUUAGGUGACAAUACCUUUUUUGGUUCUAAAUGGCAGUAGAAAGUCUUAAAAAAUCGCCAAAAAUAUCACAAAAUGUGAAGUAUUUAGAACUUUUGGACUGAAGAAAGCAACAGGCGUGCAAUGCAUUCUGGGAAGGCGAAAUGUCUUCUUUAAAAUAGGCCUUUUUAAAAGGUGCUCCCUCUAGUUCGAUAACGUAUACUCUGUAUUAUAGUUUCACAAGGACCUAUUCGCGACGCCUUGUACAGACAAAUAAAACGCGUGACACGGGAA